AUGGCAGUGCACGCCUUCUGGUGGGCAGCCUCUCUACUACUGGCGAUAUGGAGCUGCUUGGGAGCUGCUCAGGAUGAUAUAAGAGAAAUCCCGAUCCGAACACACAGCUGGCAGCCGGUGAGUAGGAAUUCGGUAUCGUCGCGAAGAGCACAUUCCCUAAUGCGUCGUCCAUCAGCCAUACGUCGACUCGGAGAUGCAAUCACGAUGGUGGGAUUUCGGCGGAUCGACUGUCGUGCGAGCAGACCAAUACGUACGCCUUACCGGCCAGCAUCCUUCACAAUCCGGCUGGAUCUUCACACGCAUCCCGCUCACGGCGACCAACUGGCAAGUCGAGGUGGAAUUCAAGAUUCGUGGCUCCGGGAGCUUGUUUGGCGAUGGCAUGGCCAUGUGGGUGACGAAAGAGCGCGCAGAGCAGGGCUCGGUGUUUGGGAUGAAGGACAAGUUUGAAGGAUUGGGGCUCUUCUUUGACACCUACAAGAACAACCGACCCGGGACGGUGUUUCCGUACGUCAUGGCUAUGGUAGGCGAUGGGCAGACAGCAUACGAUCAGGCGAACGACGGAAAGGCCAAUGAGCUGGCCGGCUGCUCUGCUCGCGGUCUGCGGAACCCAGACUUCCCUACCAAGGCCAAGAUCACCUACUUCGCGGACAAGCACCUCACGGUGGACCUGAUGUACAAGAAGGAGGACGAGUGGACAAGAUGUUUCUCCGUCGAGGGGGUCAAGUUGCCCGGAGUGACCUACCUCGGCUUCAGCUCAGAGACGGGUGAGCUCUCUGACAACCAUGACAUUAUCAAGGUCGACACGAAGAAUCUUUACUCUCCUUCAGGGGCAAGUGGUAAUGUUGGUCCUGGUGGUAGUAAAGGCUGGAGCGGCAACAAGUACAAGCCAACCACCCAGAAAAGCGGUGGGGGCAGCUGGCUGUGGUUCUUCUUCAAGAUCAUCAUCUUUGGCUUGGCAGUGGGUGGAGCAUACGUGGGCUACACGGCGUACAGGGCGCGGAGACGGGAGCGGUUUUAG